AGCCCCCUCGAGGCUGCCGGGAGCUGUGAGCUCUGUGCUGGGGCCAGGCCGGCACCGGGCACAGACACUUAGGCCCUUGUUGGGAGAACAGAGAGAGGCUCUCUUGUCCACUGCCUGUCUUCGGUUCCAGCUGCUGGUUCUCCUAGAGGCCUGUCCUCAGACUCGCAGAGCUGCCUGAUCAUUGCUACAGAAUGAACUCUAGCCCAGCUGGGACCCCCAGUCCACAGCCCUCCAGGGCCAAUGGGAACAUCAACCUGGGGCCUUCAGCCAACCCAAACGCCCGGCCCACAGACUUCGACUUCCUCAAAGUCAUCGGCAAAGGGAACUACGGGAAGGUCCUGCUGGCCAAGCGCAAGUCUGAUGGGACGUUCUAUGCAGUGAAGGUGCUGCAGAAAAAGUCCAUCUUAAAGAAGAAAGAGCAGAGCCACAUCAUGGCAGAGCGCAGUGUGCUUCUGAAGAAUGUGCGGCAUCCCUUCCUCGUGGGCCUGCGCUACUCCUUCCAGACACCUGAGAAGCUCUACUUCGUGCUCGACUAUGUCAACGGGGGAGAGCUCUUCUUCCACCUGCAGCGGGAGCGCCGGUUCCUGGAGCCCCGGGCCAGGUUCUACACUGCUGAGGUGGCCAGUGCCAUUGGCUACCUGCACUCCCUCAACAUCAUUUACAGGGACCUGAAACCAGAGAACAUUCUCUUGGACUGCCAGGGACACGUGGUGCUGACAGAUUUUGGCCUCUGCAAGGAAGGCGUAGAGCCUGAAGAGACCACAUCUACCUUCUGUGGUACCCCUGAGUACUUGGCACCUGAAGUGCUUCGGAAAGAGCCUUAUGAUCGGGCAGUGGACUGGUGGUGCUUGGGGGCAGUCCUCUACGAGAUGCUCCACGGCCUGCCGCCCUUCUACAGCCAAGACGUGUCCCAGAUGUAUGAGAACAUUCUGCACCAGCCGCUACAGAUCCCCGGGGGCCGGACGGUGGCUGCCUGUGACCUCCUGCAAAGCCUUCUCCACAAGGACCAGAGGCAGCGGCUGGGCUCCAAAGCAGACUUCCUUGAGAUUAAGAAUCAUGUAUUCUUCAGCCCCAUAAACUGGGAUGACCUGUACCACAAGAGGCUAACUCCACCCUUCAACCCAAAUGUGGCAGGACCUGCUGACUUGAAGCAUUUUGACCCAGAGUUCACCCAGGAAGCUGUGUCCAAGUCCAUUGGCUGUACCCCUGACACUGCAGCCAGCAGCUCUGGGGCCUCAAGUGCAUUCCUGGGAUUUUCUUAUGCGCCAGAGGAUGAUGACAUCUUGGAUUGCUAGAAGAGAAGCACCUGUGAAACUACUGCGGGCAGCUGGUAUUAGUAAGGAAUUACCUUCAGCUGCUAGGAAGGGCGACUCAAACUAACAAUGGUUUAAACGAGAAGCAGGUUUAUUUUUUCCACCACAUAAAAGAAAAAUAAUGUUACGGAGUCCAGGGCUGGCAGGACAGGUCAUCAGAUACUCAGAGGCUGUAUUUCUGCCCUGCCAACCUUGACAAAUGGCUUCCAAUGUUAGGUUUGCUAUAAAAUGGUUACUGGAGCUCUAGCUGCCAAUAUUGUGUUUGUGGAAGGGAAAAUGGAGGAAAGGGGAGAAGAGCAAAGGGCGCUUUUAAAGAGCUUUCCCAAAAGCUCCACCCAAUGACUUCUGCUUCCGUCUCACUAAGCACCCACCCCUUCCUGGAAUGGAGGCUGGGGGAUGUGGCUUAUUUGCUGGGUAUGUGACUAUCCCUAAUAACAAAGGGGUUCUGACACUAAGGGAGAAGGGAAGAAUGUUGGGUAGGCAGCCAGCACUCUUUACCAGAGGGCCUCCUGGUGUUUGGAUUUUGAUCUCAAUGUGUAAAAUGACAGAGAUGUAACAAGGUCAUAGGGUAUCAAUAUCUCUUAUUGUUCUACGUUGAUGAUAUUUGUCUUUGUUGUGGGUAAUACUGGACAUUUGUUAUUG